AUGAUUAAUCGAAAAUUCAAAAAGUCAAAAGGAAAAUAAAUUCUUAUUACAAGAACGAGAUCAAAUUUAUUAUUAGAUUCAAAAGAAUUAACAUUUAUGAAUAAAUUCAAUCAAAUUCUAUCUUAAUAACCAAAUCUUUAAACUACAUUACAAAAAUUUAAUUUACCUUUCUCUACUUAAGAUAAUUUCUAAGCUAUUUAAGUUGUCUAUUUAUUUAAGAGGUAGAUUUAAAUCUUAUAACACACUUAUUAAUUGUAAUUAAAAAAAAGAAAUUGGAGAAGGUUUUAAAUUAGAAAAAAUAAAAAAUCUUGA